AUGCUUUCUUUUUCAAUUCAAGUUAAAAGGUUUAAUGUGUUUAUUACUUUUGGAUUGAAAAUGAAUUCAGCCGCCAUUGAUGACAAAUCUGACAAAUCUGAUAAUGAUAGUACUAAAGUUAAUAAAGAUAAUAUAUCAAAAUAUCUUCACGUUUUGAUAUCGAAAUAUCGACUCCAAUGUUGGUGGUAUUUAAGGUAG